GUCCGUCCGGCCUGUACGCACGGUUGGAGGUCGAUUAUUAAUGCCUUCGUCUCCAGACAGGUGAAUCUAUCGACGCAGCGUCUCGGCUCCUGUAGCGAUGCUGUGAGAGCAGAAAACACGUCUCUCGUCAUAUUAAACUUCAUCUCACUGCUACUUGAGGAAGCGCUGCGACAACCAUCGAGUUGGCGUCAGCAGCAAGUGCACUUGGCGAGCAGCUGCGUUGAGGAGGCAGGGGAGUCGAGGGCGGCGCAGCAGCAGUCACACCAUCACCAUCACCAUGGACCGCUCCAGCCGGCGGCUACCUGACACCCACCUGUAGCAUCAACCGGCGGCAACAUGGCGAACACGACCCCCGGUACCCAGGACCGGAGAGACGGCCGCUGUGGUGUGUCUGGAGAAGUCAUAGUGGAGAAUGGCUGUGUAGUGACGGACCCGACUCACUCUGACCUCCACAAUCGUACCAACCACCACUGCCAUGAACCCAGCAAGACCCUGCACGGCGGGCCCGUCCUCCCCAGUUACAGGGCAUCCUGCUCCUCCACCCCCAUCUACUACUGCAGCCCCCAGAAGAGCUACUCAGACCUGAACCAGGACAGCCACAGCUUGACCUCCCAGGACUCGGGUAUCCCAACUCUGGAGAUCAACCCUCCAGAGCCCAUCCUCCAAAGCCACCAACGCCCAGGUGAUGGCUUUCUCCCGGACUCCAGUACCUACUCUCCUGCCACUUUGACUUUAGAUCACGACCCGUCUGAUGGCAACGCAUUCCGAAAAUCCUCCACCUUCCCCCGCAGUGGGUACGACUCCAUCCGCCACUUUAGCCCCGCCCUCCGACUAUCCGCCACCACAGGGACGGGUCUCGGGGGCAGAGCUUUGAACCGCAGCGAUGACAUCUCUGUGUGCAGCGCGUCCAGCAUGAGCACCGAGCUGUCGGUCUCCAAUGAAGACAUCCUGGAUCUCACCGUCACUUCUGACUCCAGCGCCAUUGUUACCUUGGAGACGGACAACAGCGGGGCUGCUCAUUUCUCCGACGUGACGCUGUCAUCCUCGCCAGGAGACUUCUGGAGUCCAGUACGACCUCAUCCGGGGUCCGGUGUCACGCAACAGGAAGAGGAUGGCAGACAAAAGAAACUGGGACCUCUAGCGAGCUUGUUCAACAGGAGCCUGUUUGCCAGGAGGGUGAAGGACAGUCGGCCAGCGGAGCAGAAGGAUCCAGGGUGGAAGCUGUUUGGGAAAAUCCCACCGCGGGAAGGCCCCAUUAAGGACCCGAAGAGGAUACAGAAGGAAUAUGAAACAAAGAGUGGCAGAGCUGGACCUGGCAACCCGACGUCUCCCAGGCAGGGUGCGAGGAAAAACCUGGACUUUGAGCCGCUCUCCACCACUGCACUCAUACUGGAGGACAGACCUGCUAAUCUGCCUGCCAAGCCGGCCGAGGAGGCACAGAAGCACAGACAGCAGUAUGAAGAGAUGGUGGCCCAGGCCAAGAAGAGAGAGUUGAAGGAGGCUCAGAAGAGAAAGAAGCAGCUCGAGGAUCGAUGUAAGCUCGAGGAGAGCAUCGGCAAUGCCGCCCAGAUCUGGAACCAGGAAAUCUUGCCUAACUGGAGCACAAUGUGUACAUCCCGAAGAGUGAGGGACCUCUGGUGGCAGGGCCUCCCCCCCAGCGUAAGGGGCAAAGUGUGGAGCCUGGCCGUGGGCAACGAGCUCAACAUCACACAUGAGCUGUAUAGCAUCUGUCUGGCCCGGGCGAAAGAGAAGUGGAGGAGCACACCAGCACAUUCCUUAGAGACUGAACCUGAAGAUCCUGAUUCGUCAGAUCGGGAGUCGAGCCUGGAGCUGAUCAAGCUGGACAUCUCAAGAACCUUCCCCCAUCUUUGUAUCUUCCAGCAGGGCGGGCCAUAUCAUGAUGUGCUGCACAGCAUUCUGGGAGCAUACACUUGUUACCGGCCAGACGUUGGCUACGUGCAGGGGAUGUCGUUCAUCGCAGCAGUGCUGAUCCUGAACCUUGACACAGCUGACGCCUUCAUAGCUUUUGCCAACCUGCUCAACAAGCCCUGUCAGAUGGCCUUCUUCAGAGUCGACCACAGCCUUAUGUUGACUUACUUUUCGGCAUUUGAAGUGUUCUUUGAAGAAAACCUACCAAAGCUCUUUGCACAUUUCCAGAAAAACAACUUGACGCCCGAUAUUUAUUUAAUCGACUGGAUCUUCACCCUGUACAGCAAGUCCCUGCCGUUGGACCUGGCGUGUCGGGUGUGGGACGUGUUCUGCAGAGACAACGAGGAGUUCCUGUUCCGCACGGGGCUGGGCCUGCUGCGUCUCUACCAGGACGUCCUGACCACCAUGGACUUCAUCCACAUGGCUCAGUUCCUCACCCGCCUGCCCGAACUAAUCCCCGCCGAGCAGCUCUUCCAGCACAUCGCCGCCGUUCACAUGACUAGCCGCAACAGGAAGUGGGCGCAGGUCCUGCAGGCGUUACAGAAAGAUCCGGAGCGAGGGAGCCCGGUGCUGAAGCGCUGAGCCAUCACAUGUUACCAGACUCAACCAGUUCUCCCAUCCAGCCCUCUGGGGGGGAAACCUGACCCUCAGCAGGCCGUAUGGACCUGAGGAAGACCUUUUAAGCUCAGCAGGACUUAUCUGGUUGUAGCCGCUGUGAUAAACCUUCUCCCCUAGAGCCGCGUCACUGCUCCAUCUGGAACCAGGACUCUAGAGGGGGGGUUUAUCAGUGAUGGUGAUGAUGAGGGUGGGGUGUGAAAAGGAAUACGAGGCCUUAUUUAUCUCCCACCUCCUCUGCUGAGAGGCCCAGUGGUGGACUGGGAAGCGGAGGCUGAAGAAUGUAUCACACACUCCCACAAUCGGCAAGAGGGUUCAGGUCUGCACGGAGCAGAGGAAACCACAGAGAUACCAGUACUACUCCUCUUAGAUUUGAAUUCAGCACUCUUUCUAGCUACAGUUCCACUUGUCUUUCUUUUAAAUGUAGCUAUUUUUAUGACAAAACAAAGUUCCAUGUGUGACUGCCCAAUCUCGAUAAGUUCCAGUCAUGGAAAGUAAGAGUAAUGUCUUAAAGUGAAUCUCCAGAGUGAGAUGUGUGAAUGACAGUGUGGAACUAUGUGAACUUCAGCUAGCGUCUCUGUGUCUCAAUCUCUUUGUUUCUGCACUUUUUUUCUUCCCCCCCAAAACUUAAGACAUUCCUUCAGUUUGAUUUUGUCCUCUGUGUGCUUUACAUUUGUGUUGUGUUUCACAGUUGGUACAGAUUUUGGUUUCUAAUCCAUUCCAUGAAGUCACCUCUCAGUUUCAAGCUAAAAAGAAACAUGAAUGCACAUAACACCGAAUAUAUUCCGAAGUCUCUGAGAGCACCGCGCGGUUACAUUUGUUCUGAGGAGGUCAUGAGCUGCCUGUAAAAUGAGUUCUACAGUAUAUUUAUGUCAAUCAAAAUGGAGGAAAUGAUGCUGCUGUCAGACACAUUCAACACUCAGCGUCAGACACGGAUUCCCCUUAAUGUUAGAGGUAUCUUUCAGCUUGUCGGUGUUCUGAUUCCUGAGUGUGAUGUCUUUAAAUGUAUUUAUUUAAUAUUUAUCAAAAGGACACAAAUGAAGGGUUGUUGCUGAGCCGCUCUUAAGCAUACGCUUGAUUUGAAUGUGUACGCAAAUCAAAGUUAUUCAACAACAGAGUAGUCGACAUGCUCAUGAGUGUUUUGGUAAAAGCACUGUUGGUUGAGGUUUUAUUACAGCACAGCUGUUUUGAUGAGUUAACACAGGUUGGACAGUUAGUACAUGACACUUCUUGAUAAUCAGCUAAAACAAAAGUGAAGAAGCAUCUUACUGGUGAAAAUGACGGCCCAGUGUGGGUAAAGUAAAAUCAUUUAUGGAGCAGGGGAGGGGGGUAAUAAUCAGAGGAAAACAUGACAUUUCCUAGAUUAAAUUUGUAAAUUUAUGAUGGAAAACACUCACAUAUUGUCUGAGAUUAAAAUGGUAAAUUUACAAGAAAAAAAAAAAUAGGCCCAGUUCAUGUCUCUUCAAAGUCAGGAUGCUUCCUCAAAGCUAAAUCCGAUGGCAAAGUAUAAUAUGAUUGGGUCAUUUACUUCAGGCACAACAGCUGUGGAGUCUGUGUUUCCUUAAAACUGAAAAAACUAAAAUCUCAAAUUUAAUCUCUUAAUCUGUAAUCUCAGAUUAUAUCUCAUAAAUGUAACACUUUAUUUUUUUAAUUUUUUGUCUCCCAUAACGUAUUUUUUUAUUUUCACCUACAAUGGCCCUAAGACACUGUCGUAGUUGAAUGUUAAAUAUCUUCUUUUUUUUUUUUUUUUUUAACUUGUGAGUUGCCCAUUUUGCACAGACCUGUUCAACAAAUUAGAUGAGUUGAGAAGUGCAGACAGUCAUUGUCCUGGUGUUGGCUGUGAAGCUGCUUGAUCUGAUGUAUGGAGGACUUUACCUCCGUUUGUUCCCUGUGUUAUCAGUAAUGUCUAUCUGACCAAACGUUCUUAAAUACCUGGACCACAGAUGAAGUAUAACACAUGUUCUGGGUUUUAAAAAACAGGAAGCACCUUGAACCCUAAACUUGUUUGGUUAAUGCCUGCUAACAGAAACAGCGUUUGCAUCAGCUCAGCGGCACAGAGAACACUUUCUGAUCUACUUGAUGAACUCCCCCACCCUCCCUCACCCCCCACUCCACCAGUGUGGUGUCAAACCGCAGGACUGCAAUAAAGCUUUUUGCACAUACAUGUAAGCACUUUGAGUUGUGCCUCGCAUCAUCACUUAUAAUGUCAUCACUCGCAGGUUUUAAACGGGUUGUCUGCCUUUUAUUCUAUUAACUUUAGUUUUUUUGUGCUAAGUAGUGACAGUGCAAGUUGAAGUGUGUGUGUGUGUGUGCGCGUGUGUGUGCUUCAUGUGCAUGUGUUACGUGGCUUUUUCAGAAUGCGAUCUGUUAGUUACUAGUUCGUUGUUACAUUAAAGGCUGGCCCUCAAGCUCUACCAACACUACCUGCUUCCCAUCACAAAACACACAACGCUGUACGAUCCACUGUGGCCACAAACCAAAUUCAAUCUCAUUUGAAUAAAACGUGAAAUAUGCUGUAAUUUAUUUGGUUCUGUUUUGCAUUGUCUGUUUUGUUUUCCCAUCCCUCAAGAGACCUGUUGUACUGUAGAGGACUGGUGGACUUACAUGGAGAAAGCAGAGGGUUACCAUGCAACUUUAGCUCACUUGAACUGUAUAUAAACAGUGGUUUUAUUAAAAUAAAGAGAUGUACAUAUUCA